CUCCCUUCUUUCCCCCCUCCCCUUUUUCCCAUCACCCCACGUGCCCCUCGAGGAGCUCGGCGGGAAGGGAGCCCCGGCUGGGCCUGGCCUACGGGCCGGGGGCGGCACUGGGGGCGCUUCCCCUUUAAGAGGCCGAGGGUCUCCCGGCGCAGGAAGUGGGCCCGCGGCCGGCUUCAGUGAGCACGUGGUCGGCCAUGGAGCUGGGCGCCGACGGCUUUGAGCAGAAGCUGCCCUUGCUGGAGGAGCUCAUCUUGGGCUCGGACUUCUUGGGUUUGGACAUAGAAUUCACAGGCUUGAGGUCCAUCUUUCCAAAAGGCCAGCAAACAAGUCUCUUUGACUCACCAGCAGAGUGGUAUCUAAAGACCAAGCAGAGCAUUCAGCAGUUUACAGUGUGUCAGAUUGGAUUGUCAAUGUUUUCAAGUAUGGGAAGAAAGUCAAACAAGUAUAUAGCCCAUUCAUAUAACUUCUUUCUCUUCCCCACCACACUUGGGAUUAUGGAUUCAGAGUUCUCCUUCCAGGCCUCUAGUAUUCUAUUUUUGAAUCAGUAUGGUUUCGAUUAUAAUAAGUUUCUCAAAAAUGGGAUCCCAUAUAUGAAUGAAGAACAGGAGAAAAAGAUUAAGCAAGAUCUUCUAACAGGGAAUUGGAAAGUUCGUAGUACAUUGGACAAAGACCAAAUGAAGGUGGUGAUUGAUGAGGUAACUCGGUGGUUGGAGAUGGCACAAGAAGGCGAUUGGAUGACUCUUCCUGAUAUAACUGGGUUCCAGGCUUUUGAGGUACAGUUGGUACUGAGGCAGGCUCUCCCCACAGUUUGGACCCUUAUGAAAGACAGAGGGGUGCUAGUAAAGAAAGUGAGCCGUCAAUACCGCUGGUGUCUGGAGAACUCCUCUCGUGACCAUGAUGACUGCAGGAGGGAGAAGAUCCUCCUCUCUGCCCGGGGUUUUGCUGUCUUUUUCCAGAUGCUGGUAAAAGCCAAAAAGCCUUUGGUGGGACAUAAUAUGAUGAUGGAUCUUCUGCAUCUUCAUGAAAAGUUCUACAGACCUCUCCCAGAAUCCUACGAGCAGUUUAAGUUGAACAUCCAUAGCUUGUUUCCUGUCCUCAUAGAUACCAAGAAUGUGACAAAAGAGAUCUGGAAGGAACUCAGUUUCCCAAGAGCUUCAAAUCUUUUGGAGGUUUAUGAAGUCCUAAACAGUGACUUGAAUCCUACCAAGAAUUCUUGUCCAGUGAUCAUCCAUGCAAGCGAGUGUAUCAAAUAUGUUGAGACCAAAUACCCUCAUGAAGCAGCAUAUGACGCCUUCCUUUGUGGAUCAGUUCUCUUGAAGGUGGCACACUUACUACUAUAUAGAUCAACUGGGACCUCUUUGCUUGGACAAAAACUCAGCUUGUCUCCUUUUCUCACAAGACUGCUACCAAGGAUUUCUCUCCCCAUCUUCUUUCCUCCUGCUUACAGACCCCUCUGCUGGCUACCACUGCUCAGAUUAAUCCAGUCCAAAGCAGACAGUGGUGGUAUAAAACUGGAGCCCACCUUCCCUCAAUAUCUUGAUGUGCUGGGUCCCUAUGUGAACCAGGUGAACCUUAUCCGAGCAUGUAUCUCUAAAAUCAAUUUCUCUGGCCCAGAUUCUCCCAGCAGCCGGCCACCCACCCUUAUCCUCAAAGUCAAGAGGUGGCCUGGAGUAGAUGAAGAACAGAUCUAUUAUGAAUUCAAAGACCUCUGUAAAUUCGAUGUCCGGCGAUUCACCCGGAACCAGUUUUUGCUUAUGACCAACAAGUUCAAGGAUGUCAGAAUUGUGUUGCAAGAAUACAGAUAUCACCCUGACCUGCAAGUGACCCUGUAUCGAUACUGGAGGCAUUCACCUAAUAUCAACUGCAUUCUACAAAUCUCUGGAAUUGUUACUGCUUGGGCCUUUCUGGCUUUUAUUCUCGGAGGAUCUCCAUCGAAUGUAUAGUGAUGUCUUCAGGAACUAUUGCCUCGUCUCAACUUUGCCCUUGGAAUGCCAGUCUGCAUGAUUUGGCUUUUAAGAGUGUUUUGAGAUGGACUUGUGAAAUCUUUACCAGGUUUCUUCUACCUCACAUCUCUUGAACGUGUCCUUCUCCAGAGCUCUGGUGCCAUGAAAUUGUGGAUUGAGCAUUGUCUCAAAGGAGAAAAUUCCUUCCCAGAAAUAAAUGGGAAGAAAUGUACUCUUGGGACAAAAGCCCAAAUCAUUUUGAUGACUGCAUUUGUCAAGUGAAUUCAUUAAUCAGAUUCCAGGGUGGCUGGUAAAAAAAGAUAAAAGGGUAUGCUAACUUUUUAAAAAAUAUAUACUUUUCAACAUCAUGAGAAGAGUAAAUGACUGAUGGGUUUAGGGUAAUUUUGGUUCUGUUUAAGACUACUUUUCCAAGUAGAUUUAAUAAAGAAAAAGUUUAAUUGGGAAGAAUAACUUGUCAGUGGUCUUUUGGAGGAGGAAAAAAUGUAACAUUAGGUUAGACUCUGCCUUGGAGGGAUGCCUGAAUGCUCUUUGAUCAGUGUUGUGGUUUCCCCCACUCACCCCAGGCAAUUGGGGUUAAGUGACUUGCCCAGGGUCACAUAG